AUGCUUUCACCAUCUAGCAAAUUCCACUCUUCUCUGAGGAACCUGCAGUUUAACAACAGUGCUGGAGAUAAGGUGGUUUUGAAUGAGAGAAGGAACAAUGAGGCUAAGUAUGACAUCAUGAACUAUUUGGUCUUCUUUAAGGAACCUGAAGUUUUGGUAAAAGUUAGGCAGUUUAUUCCCAGGACUCUGCUGCAUCACAAUUUCACCAUAUCCAGGAAUUCCAUAGUAUGGGGUAAUUCACAGGUCAAAUCUGUAUGUAGUGAGAGCUGUAAUUCUGGAUUCAAGAAGAUUUUUCAAGAAGGAAAGCCUAUCUGCUGUUUUGACUGUGCCCAAUGUGCAGAGGGGGAAAUUUCCAAUCAGAGAGACAUGGACUACUGCAUGAAAUGUCCAGAGGAUAAGUAUCCAAAUAAAGAGAGAAAUCAUUUCCUCCCAAAGAUUGUGACCUUCCUCACUUUUAAGGAGCCCUUGGGGUUGACUUUAGCUUGUAUAGCUCUUUCCUUUUCUUUCCUCACAGUUCUGAUUCUUGUGAUAUUUGUGAAAUUUCAAGACACUCCCAUAGUGAAAGCCAGUAACAGGAUUAUCAGUUACACACUCCUAAUAUCCCUUACCUUGUGUUUCCUCUGCUCCAUGCUCUUCAUUGGCCAUCCAACAUCAGCAACCUGCCUCCUACAACAAACUAUAUUUGGAAUUGUGUUCACUGUGGCUGUUUCUUCUAUUUUAGCCAAAACCACCACUGUUGUUCUGGCCUUCAAAGCCACAAGACCAGGAAGCAAGAUGAAACCUAGAAUUUCUAAUUCUGUUAUCUUCAUCUGCUCUAUGAUUCAAUUGACUCUCUGUGGCAUCUGGCUAGGAACCUCUCCACCUUUCCCAGGACUAGACACACACUCUGAACCCAGACACAUAAUCAUUGUUUGUGAGAUGGGGUCUGUCAUCACCUUUUAUAGUUUCCUGGGCUACAUGGGUUUCCUAGCACUGGCAAGUUUUACAGUGGCUUUUCUGGCCAGGAAUCUUCCUGACACCUUCAAUGAAGCCAAGUUGAUCACAUUUAGCAUGCUGAUCUUCUGCAGUGUAUGGAUGUCUUUCAUUCCUGCCUAUCAGAAUCCCAAAAGAAAGGCUGUGGUGACUGUAGAGAUCUUCUGUAUUUUGGCAUCCAGUGCUGGGUUAUUAGGUUGCCUCUUCCUUCUCAAAUGUUAUGUGAUCCUUCUGAGACCAGAGAGGAAUACCUUGUAA